AUGUCAGACAGGCGAAGACGUCGUGUCUGUUCAGCUCAUUUCAUAUCAGGUAAGCCGUCUGACUUGUACAAAGAUACAGAUCCGGAUUGGGUUCCUACGGUGAACAUGGGAUAUCCCACGAAAGAUUUGGACACCCCGAUAGUGAGACACGACCGGCUGAAAAACAGAAAAGAGAACAUUAAAAAAAGGGAUGCUGCAAUGAGCCUUGUCGAGUUGGGAACAUUUUUUGACAUAAGCGGAUGUGAUGCUGAAGUUGAUAUCGAUGCCGACACCGAGCCCACCGACUUGGAACUGGCCCAACUGGAAAUAUCUAGACUGUCUGGUAAACUACAGCAAGCAAACACAGAAAACGUCAGGCUACAAAAUGAUAACAUCAAACUCAAUGAAGAAAAGGAGAGUCUGACAGGUGCCGUCCAUAAAAUGAAUGCGUCAACGCCAGUUGACUUCGCCAACGAUGAUGGUAAAGUACGGUACUACACUGGUUUAAAAAGUUUUGUGACACUAAUGGCGCUUUUCAAUCUGGUGUCGUCUGAAAUAAGUGAAGCAAAAAAUUCGUCUUUGAGCAAGUUCCAAAAAAUGAUUAUCACACUUAUGCAUCUACGACUGAACCUGUCAAUUGUGGACCUUAUGCUAGGGGCACACGAGCGGCUCGUUAUUGUUAGUAUAGUGAUCACAAUAUAA